AUGUCCGGCCCAUUCCGCUUCCAGGCGGAAGAAGCUAGGUCACCACUCGACCGGAGCGCGUCGCCCUUCUCCGCAGGCCAGCCCGUGUCAUUCAAGACCAACGUCAAUCGUGCCAAAACAAAGAAAUGGGUGCAGGCGAAGAAGAACGCCUAUGAUGGCGAUGACUGGGGCGACUAUGACGAGUACGACGAAUACGGCGUUAAUCAGGAGCCGCAACAGUCACAAGCGCCGGCGCAGCGAUACUAUGCCCAGCGUCUAGAGCAGCCGUCGCGCAGCUUCACCGACCCUUCGCAGCAGGCGCCUCUCCCAAAAGGCCGGAGGAAUUCAUUUGAGCACGGAGAAGAACAGCGCGCCUUCUCCUCAACGAUACCACACCCCCAGCACAAUUACGGCCAACAGCAUGAAGAGCCACGGAUACAGACAAGUGUUGGUGGCUAUGGUCAGGGCUACGACACAGGAGAGAGAGGCGACUUCAGCCCUUCUGCCAUGCCCCCGCCCCUUCAGACACGCAUAUCACAGGUCCCUGCUGAUUUCACCCCACCCAUCAACACCCAGUUCCCUCCUCGCAAGAGCAGCAUAGGCCAGGGAGACAUGCCAGCGCCGACUUCCCCUCGAUCUCGUCAGGGCAGUCAAUCCGACAAGCCGCUGCCUUUCAUCAGGCCAGCGGACAUCUACAAGCGGCAUGAGGAGGAGCGGCAACGUGCUUCGCUAGAAUCGUCGCGACCAAGUCUGGACUCCCUAUCUUCCCCAACACGAGACAACAUCACCUCUCCUACAGAAGGUGGAAGAUCGCUGCAGCCCAUGGAAACUGUCGCCGAGCGCAAGAGCGAGUACUAUCUGCCUGACUACGAUGCAGCAGCCCCGCACCAAGACAAACCGCAAUUCCACCAAGACCAGUCUCUUGCGUCACCCCAGGAUGACCAGGGCCUACAGUCCGUCGUCGACCAAGCCUUCACUCGCGCUGAUGAAAACCGCUCGGUUCCGCCAACACCCAUAUCAAACGACAACGAUUCGAGCUCGGACCUGUUGAGAAGCAAUACUGGGAGUACGUCGGGGAUCAGUCCAAUUAUGAGCCGCGUACCCAGCUCUGCAGCGUCUGCACUGAGGAACCGUAACCAGGCCGAAGGUAGUACACCCGCUAUUGCAGAGGAACCUAGUGAAACUACGACGCCCAUCACCCAGCCAACGUCCGCCAAUGUUAUCGAGCCAAUGCACCACGUUCCACGGAAACCCUCGCCAGGUCACAAUCGCAACUUCUCCAACUCUUCCAUACCGCGCAGCGGCCUUGCUACGCCCACACGUGGUGACAGUCCUGCUCGUUCGCCUGUCUUAGCACCGAGCAGGGACGUGCCCGAACCAGAAUCCGCUCUUGUUACAACGGAAAGCAACGAGGCGCCCGACGCGAUGGAGGGCGGUCUCCAAGGUCCAUCUUCUGCCUAUGCUACUCGCGAAGCAGACAUCGCCACUGCCGCGAGAAACGGGCCAGACAAUGGUGCGUCCGAACUCGGUGCAGCAGAGCUUCGGUCACAAGACACCUUCCUGGAGUCGCAUAAUGCGCAAAGCCCUGUCGACGAUGUUUUGCCGCGCGAUCGCUCCGAGUCUCCAAGCAAAGGCCGUGUGCAAGCGUUGGCUGGUAAAUUUGGAGAGGUAGCUUCGUCAAGACGUGGUUCCACACAGUCCAAUCGCUCAAGGAACAGCAUUCAGUCGUGGGAACGGAGCAACGACAACUCACGUGCGGGGUCUCCGACGAAGACUACUCAUUCGAGACACAGCAGUCCUGUCAAAGAAUUCCGCCCUCAUCUCCCAGGCCAAUGGGAAUCGUACGCAACCACGGCUAUGACACCCUCAGAUCACGGUGAGCAAGAUCGUGGAUUGAGCCUCGACACUAGUGGCUCAAACUCACUCAAUAAAACUGACCUCACGCCAACAACGCCCAAGCACCCAGUCGCUGGCGUAUCUGCAGCGGGAACGGACACGUCCGAUCCGAUUGCUGCACUGAGAGAUGCUGGAGCCGCCAUGGUCAAUUCUAUACGCACAACCCUGGGAGCUGAUGAUAAUACAUCCGAAAACCAACAGCAGCAGGAACGUCGUACCGACCACGGCAACGUUUACCUCCCUAGACCCCUUCAGUUGGAUCGUACGAUCACUAGCAACUCAAGUGCACCACCAACUCCCCCUGCAAAGGAUACACCAGAGUCAGAAUUCCCGCCACCAGCACCUCUGAAAGACCGAUCCUCACAGCCCUUCGAGAGCCAGUUCAAGCGACCAAGUCUUGACCCCCAAUUGAGUACUGAUCCGUCAGCUGAAGACCAAGAAAGCGAUCGUUUGCGCAAGGAGAUUGUCGCAAGCCUCAGUCCGUUCAAGGCUCCAGCGUCACCGGCUAGUGAAGCCAAUCGAUCCUCGCUUGCGCCCGUUAGCCCCGGCGCCAAUCGUGCCAGCUCUAUACUGCCAAGUGAGUAUGACACCUACUGGGCGGAAGAAGACCGCGCUUCUCGUCGGUCUUCGCACGAGACUGCACAACACUCUCAAGACCAGCCGUCGGGAAAGACAGUAUCUUUUCUACCACAGUCUGAGGAGCCGACAAAACCGGUGAUACUCAACCGAUUCAGCUGGGAGGCAAGCAACUCGCAACUGCAAACACCAGAAGAGCAAGCGCAAGAUGUGCCCGUAGCAAACCCUACAGAAGCAUCAACAGCAGCCGUAGUAUCCUCCCCAGUCGAGCAAGUUGCAGCUCAGGAGCGCCAAGGGUCGUCUGAACCUCUUCCCGACUCAUACUUCGGCCCAGAUCACACUGUCACGGUCACUAAACCGGAUUCUAUUAGUCAUACUGAUAUCCCACCACAACCCUCUUCUCCGCCCGUUGAUCAUGCACGCUCACUUACCAGCCCAAUCACUAGCCCUACUCGAGAGAACACACGCUCGCCGGGACUUCAUGUUGUCAACACGGAGCUCAAUCCAGAAGCCGUGGAUCUCCCUCCACGCUUCAGUGCGGAUCAUGAACCAUCGCCGAUACUCAAAGAGCCAGACUUGAGUGAAAAACAACAACUCGAGCAGCCCACGGAACAUCCAGCCAUUCUGCCACCCGUUAGGGACCCUCCAGCGCCCACUGCUGUGCAGGAUGCUUCACCCAUGUCGCCAACCACAGACAAGCCUCUGGGCGCUCGAGAGAUUGCAACACUGGCUACAGCUGCUGAGCGAAUUGAUGCCUACAAUGGAACGCGAGAGUACUGGGCGAAGUAUGAUCAUGGUCUUAAUGACUGGUUACACUCUGCGCUCGAAGCAAAUCCUGAUCUUGCUAUUCAGAGCUACCCAGUACAGCGAGCCCCUACAAGCUCGGUACGUCAUAGGCAUACUGGUUCUCUGGCCCUAUUUGGCAAGCUUGGAGGAUCAAGCAGCCACGAUGUGAGCACUGAACAACAUAACAAUGCUAGCGUGCCAGUCCCUGCGAUCUCAAGCUCCCCCACCACUGCUGCACCCGCUAGCUCAGGAUUUGGUGGACGAAUAGCAAAUCAGCAGAUGCAGCUCAAAGGCAAGGACCUGCUUCAUACCGCCAACGUAUUAGGCGGGAAGGGCAUGACUAGUGCUAAAGGAUUGUUUGCGAAAGGCAAGAGUCGCUUCGGCCGCGAAAAGGUAGACAAAUGA